CGCUGGGUGUGGGGCCUCUGUGGUGGUCCUGAUGUGCCCCAUGCCGCAUUGUCUGUAUCAACAGUCAACACAGAGAGCCGCGGCGUGGGGAUCAAGCAGAGUCAGCUCUCUGUGAGCUCCCACAUUGUGCAAGAGGAUGAAUUAUUAAAAGCAUUAAAAGCAAACGAGUCACUGCGCCUGACCUUCGCUCUUCAGCUGACAGAAAGUACUUCAGUGGAAUGGGAAACUCUGAUCUGGCGGAAAUGUCUUUACAUUCGUGUGCCGAGCUGUCUUUUACCAGAGGGCUCGAAAGAGGGCUUUGUCUCUCUAUUGGAAUACGCAGAAGAAACACUCCACUGCACAAGCAUCGUAGUAUGUCUGCGUAAAGACCGUUCAGAUCGAGCCAUGCUGGUGCGUACCUUCAUGUUCUUGGGCUUCUCGGUGCUACCGCCGAAUCACGCCUUGGUUCCGCCAGGCAGUGAUGCUGGCAAUCUCUACAUGCUCUAUGCCGUUGAGUAGUUAUCUCAAGACGGCACCCAUCUCUCAAAUUUAACGCAAUAGGUACCAUAAAAACAGUUUUUAGCACGAGACAACAGGAAGAUUUUUCAGUUCAACCUUUAUAAUUUUGUUAAAUGCACACCAUUCUAACAAAUUUAUAUCCACCAGAAAAGAAUUUAUUUUCACUUGAAAAGAAUUUAUUUCCAUCAGAAAAACAAUUUUUUCCAACAAAAAAAUUUUGUUUUCAACGGAAAGAAAAUUUUGUUCACCAGAGAAAAAUUUAUUUUCACCAGAAGAAUUUUAUUUUUACCAGAAAGAAAAAAAUCACACUAUCGGAAGAAUGAUAAAUUAAAACAAGAAUAUGGCGUUAAAUUUUAGAGAAAAGUCUCAGCAGAUGUAGAAGGCAAGCAGGCAAGGUACUUAGUCGCAGAUAUGUAGAACAUGUACUAUCGGGCUUUUGGCGGAUAUAUUAGGCAUUCAUUCUCUUGAACACAAUGUUAAGAUUACUCUAACAUCUUAUAAUGCUCACAAAGCUUCUCCCACGUGUUUCUGAGAUAUUUGGCGAUCUCAUUGCCGCCUCACAAUAUCUAGGCAAGGCACUGAAUCGUUGAAUUAUUCAGGAAAUUUAUUAACGAAAAGUCUCUGUGUUAAUUGUGGCAGGUUGGGUUUUAACCACAUAUCUUAUUUUAAUCAUACAUUACGUUUAAUAGUUAUUAAUCUAGUUUAUAAGUAUACACUGUAUUCAUAGGUCUAAAGAUUCUAUACGUUCGAUACUUUUUUAAACAAAAAAAAAAAAAAAGAAAAGAAGAUAAAAUAACCAAUAUUUUCGGAUAAUUUUGUUGCAAUUUUAAACAACUUUUUUGUCAUCUCACAUAGUGCAAUUUUUGUUUUAUUAAAAUUAGUUCGAACGGAAGAUUCUUAGUAUUAAUCUUAGUAUUCGUUAAAUAUAGGAAAUCUCUUUGCAAAAAAAUAGUUUGAAUUUUUAAAAACUUAUUUUUGACAAUUCUAUAUAAUUGUCUAUAUUUUCAACUUUGUAUUUUAUUUCUACGUCAAAAUAGUGCUACACACAGAAUAUUGUUAUAUUAAUGCUGCUAGAGAUAUAAUUAUUAUUGAUUAAUUCUUUUUUUUUCGUCUAAAUAGUUGGUAAUUCCCAAUCGAUUAACAAAUGAGGGUUCUUGCUGAUAAAUGCGCUCUUUUAGUGUUGACUUGAUUAACAGGCACCAUUAAAAUAUUUUAAAAAAACAAAAAAAAAAUGAAAAACAUUUUAAAAAAAUGACAAAAAAAAUGGGGAUAUAUAUUAUAUGAAAAAUAUUGUAGCUGGUCAGAUGUGUAAGUAGGUGUGCAAAUUUUAAAUAAACAAAAAAAUAUCUUAUUUGUGUCUAUAACGAGAGAUAAAUUUUUAUUGUCUCGAUUAAUUACAAGAGCAAAAAGAAUUAUAGAUACUUGUGUAUGUAAAAGGAAAAAAAUUAACAAAAACCUCGAGCAAUCUGACCCAACAUUUAGCAUUAUAUGAAAUAUACAUAUAUAAAAAAACACACAAUUUAAAAUCCGUGUGCUACAUUAUUCAUACACAAAAUUGUAAUUGCUAAAUAAAGGUUCCAUAAAAUUAUAAA